AUGUCGUACGCAGCCGUCAGGACGCAUUUGCCGGCCAACUACCUGUCGACCAGGCCGUACGCCAGGACCUCAACAAUGCUGCUAAAGAUCGAUUGGGUAGUCUGCCACAAUAUACUGGCUAGUGCGAGUGCCUUGAAACCACCAUAUCAUUACGAACCAGGCGCAGUGGACAUCGGGAGGCUAACCAAAGAGGAGUGGGCCUCUGUGCAAGGCGAUCUCUUCCGAUACGAGGGAGCGCUCGAACGUUGGCGCAUAGCAAAUGGAAGUGGCGGAACGAUAGAACCGCAGCAAGGCCCACAACUGCAAGAAUCCGUACAGACCUGGAUCGACGCGUCAAGCAAGGAGUGCGUCAUU